AUGAAGAAGAUAUGCAGAAUUUUGGUGUGCGAACAUGCAGAUAAUGGUAGUGAAUAUGAAGACAGUACUUCUAAACAGCAACAGUUCUCCCAGGAAGAGAUCAAUGAUUUAGUACGAGACUUAAGUCUAUCCAAGCAAGAUUCUGAGCUUUUAGCAUCUAGACUAAGUGAAAAGAACAGUUUGAAGGCCGAAUGUAAAAUAACUUUUUUUCGGACAAGAGAGGCAGCACUUCUUCCAUAUUUCAUUCAAGAAGAAAAAAUAGUAUACUGUAGGAACAUCCCUGGACUCCUCUUCCAAAUGGGGUUAUCUGAAUACCGACCAGAAGAUUGGCGAUUGUUUAUAGAUAGUUCGAUGAGAAGUUUGAAGUGUAUUUUAUUGCACAAUAGCAAUAGUUAUGCAUCCAUCCCAAUACUUCACUCAACAAAACUGAAAGAGGAAUAUGAAAAUAUAAGAAUGAUGUUGCAGAAGCUUAGAUACAAUGAGCACCAGUGGUCUAUAUGUGAUGAUUUAAAGAUGGUAAACUUCUUACUAGGGCAGCAAAGUGGAUAUACUAAGUACCCUUGCUUCAUAUGUUUGUGGGAUAGUAGGGCUAAAGAAGACCACUGGAAAAAGGUGGUAUGGCCUGCUAGGGAAAAUAUGACUGUAGGUGCAUCAAAUAUCAUUAACGAACCACUGGUAGACAGGGGAAAAAUUAUUUUCCCACCACUCCACAUCAAACUAGGACUGAUGAAGCAAUUUGUAAGAGCCCUAGACAAAGAUGGUCAAUGUUUCAAAUAUAUUUGCAGAUUUUUUCCAGGCUUGAGUAUGGAGAAAAUCAAAGUUGGAAUCUUUAGCGGCCCUCAAAUUCGCCAAAUCAUCAAGGAUGAGCAGUUCCUAUAUACAAUGACAGAUAUUGAAGCAUCUGCCUGGAAAAGUUUUGUCUUGGUUGUUCAUAACUUUUUGGGCAACCAUAAAUCUCCCAACUAUGAAGAAAUCGUACAGAAAAUGCUUUCAGACUUCAAAACGUUGAAAGCUAAUAUGAGCAUAAAAGUUCACUUUCUACAUAGUCACUUAGAUCGGUUUCCCGAUAAUCUAGGAAGUUAUAGUGAGGAACAAGGGGAGAGGUUCCAUCAAGAUAUCAAGGUAAUGGAAGAAAGAUACCAAGGAAGAUUGGAUACACACAUGAUGGCUGACUAUUGUUGGAGCCUUCAACGUGAUUGUCCACAUUCUCCACACAAAAGAUAUUAUCAUCCCUUUAUCAUCCCUUGGAAUUAGGAAAACUAAAGUCAGCAAAAAAAGCUAAAAAAAUAAACGACUAAACUUAUUUAAAACACUUUUAACAAGUUUAGUUACAAGAUAAUGUUAUGUGUUGAUGUACUUUCAACCAAAUUAGUGUUAACAUUUUAGCAAAAUAUCAUAUCGUCAGGCUUUUUGAUUGGAAGAACCAAAAGCUUGAUAUUUUAUUGAAUUGUUAUUUUAGUUUGUUAUAUAAUAAUUUUUAUUCAAAAAAUGUUAAAUAAUUUACUUUUAAAAUUUAUUUGUCAUUGCUUUAGAUAAGAUGUUUUAUUAUUCCUUUUACAGAUUGUUAUGAGGAUUGCAAAAGUUUUAAAUAUCAGAAACAGAAGAAGGCAUUGAUAAUCAGCAGAUAAUAAAAAAAUUAAAGAAGAAUUUUAGGUUAAUGCUAAUGCAAAAGGUACGAAUAUUGACAGGUUAGCUGAUUUGAU